AUGAAAACAUUCACAUUAAUUUCAUUGGUAGGCGCACUGGCGUCAUCGCUGGUAGCAGCUCACGAAGCACAAGAAAAGAGACCAGAUGAGUCAUGGCAAGCAUGGCAUAUGCGCGAGGAGCAUGCGCUCGACUCCUUCGACAGUGCCUCUUUUUUCACUCUGCACGAUCUUGACGGAUCUGGCACUUGGACUCCUAAUGACAUUUUAAAUCUCUAUGGCCUGCUCAAUGACAAGAUGGUCGGUGCCGGCGAUGGUAUGGGUGAGCACAAGGAGUCGAAAGAAAUUCCACAAGCAACCAAAGAUUUGGUUCUCAAGACUGUGCUAGAGAUGGUGGACACAGAUGGUGAUGGAGUUAUUUCUCAGGAAGAAUGGCGCAAGUUUUCAGAAGAGGACAAGAAGCUGUUGCCAGACUUUGGCCUGGGUCCUGGCCACCAUGGUGAUUACGAGUACGAGUACGAGGUGCACCACUGGCUCAAAUACCACGCUAAGGAUGAUCCAGAUGUGAAGAUUGUGCAUAAGGAGGAUAUCGAGCAUGAGAACUUGUACCAUGCUCAAGAACAUCAGGAUCACCCUGAUGACCACGAACAUGACAAGCCUCAAGAGCAACAGCAACAGCAACAGCAACAACAACAAGAACAGCAAGUUGUCAAGCCAAUCCUUUUUGGUGCUGUCAACCUGAAAAAUGUUCCUAACAAGUACCUUCAUCACAGGAACUAA